UUCAUGUGCUAUGUCUUCAUUUUCUGCCUCCCUUCUCACAUUAGCAAGAAGCUGGAUCAGAAGUACAGUUUGCCAGGGCUAGAACAAGCUCCAAUAUGUGAUGUGGACAUGCCAAGUUGCAGCUUAACUCACUGUGCCAAAAAAACCACACCUGUUUUUAUAUUAAAGAAUGGAGAGCAGCAGUUAGGAAGGUUAUGUUCAAUCUGAAGACACGGGUCCUGAUCCUCAGACGCAGGUGCACUGUGCCUGUUGUCAUUUACUGGGCUCUGUGUGGUUCCUGGUCAGAGAUGUCUUCCAGUACAUAUUGCCCCCCCAACUCCCUGACUCAAGCCUACUCCUCAAGCCUUCGCUUUCCAUCACUGAGAGCAUAAAGAACGAUCCCAGAGAGUCACCAUUCCCUCAACCAAUUCUGAUCUGACCCUUUAGAAACUACGAAAUCCCAGACAUCUCCCAGACAGCCCUACCAGUCACCACAAUGUGGACUUUCCUACCCUAUGCAGCCAUCACUGAUUGUAUAAGGACACCAUCUCAAGGGACCAACAUCCUCCUAGCAGUCCUGUUCUUGGGGAACACAGCUUCUAGAGUGGCCAGAGGGACCACCAGGCCAUGCAACCAGGGGUGGCCAAUAUACGCUCCCUGUGGUUUCAGCAGGGCCCUCUGAAGAGGAGUACCACCUGCUAGCAGGAUGAAGUUAGCCUCAGAGAUGACAAGGUUAUGCUCAUGAAUCACAAGGCCAUGGUAGGGAGAGGUUUCUUCCCAGACUUUUGACCUUCUUGUGCUAGGGUUUAAGGGAAGGGUUCCACUAAGAAGUGUCAGUUAAAGAAGCCUAAGGUGGGGUCUGUGUUCAGAGUUUGAAUCAGCUGGCUUUACCUAGGCCAGGUGGCCACGUGGCACCACAGCUGUAUAAGUCCCCUGGCUUGCUGUGGAGUACUGAGGAGCCCAGUGCCACUAGGGAGGCAAUGCUGAUCCAGGUGUUGGGAGACACCUAUAGAACUAGGAGUCACCCUGUGUGACUCUACGGGCAGUGAGAACUCAUUGUUCCAUCCUGGCAAUGAAGGGUAUUUGAGAAUUGCUAUUCGAGAAGGGUAUUGAGAAUUGGUUCCCCUAUUCCAUUCACCCUUCUCCUUUGUCUCCACAGCAUCUCCAGGGCUGGGAACAGCCAUGAUCACGCACCCAGGCACCGCCCCGUCUCUCGUCAUGCUGCUGCCCUUUCCCCAACCAACUCACGGCCCUGCACCCCAGCCACCCUGGGGGCAGCCCCAUCCACCCCUCCUGAAUGUGGCAUUCCCUCCAGGCAGCCGCCUCGUACUGCCUGCUGCCAUCCCCAGGAUGCCCGCGGUGGCUGGAGAUGGUGGCUGCGGCCCAAAUGGGGCUGGGAACGUCCACCUAUUACUCCAGUUGAGGACAGGAGGGCAGCCAGUGGAGCCCCUCCAUUCUCAGACCUUGGUCUACAACCAAACCCGUAUCAGCCUCAAUGCCCCAGAGGGGUUCUGUGGGGCAGGGCAGAACCCUGCUCCCAUAGCAGUGCCUGGGUCUUCCCUACAUGCUACAGUGCCUGCACCUACCAUGGCGGGAACCCAGGCCAGUCAGGGGGGCUGGCCUCUGGGACUCCCUCCUCCAACUCCACCACCAUCUGCCCAGCUGGCCCCAAUGGUCUUCCCAGUUAACAACGGGCCACCACCACAAGGGGCAGACAAGGAGUGUAUCCUGCCUACUCCCAAGGCCCAAGCCUCACCAGAGGACCCCUGCAACUCCACCAGCGUCUACGAGAACUUCCGGCGCUGGCAGCACUUCAAGGCCCUGGCCCGGAGGCUCCUGCCCCAGAGCCCUGACACAGAAGCUCUGUCCUGCUUCCUCAUCCCCGUGCUGCGGACCCUGGCCCAGCGGAGGCCCACCAUGCCGCUGGAGGAGGGCCUGCGGUUUGCCUUGCGGGAAUGGCAGCACAAGAGCAACUUCGACCGCAUGAUCUUCUACGAGAUGGCAGAAAAGUUCAUGGAGUUUGAGGAAGAGGAGGAGAUUCAGAUGCAGAAGCUGGAGUGGAUGAAGGGGAAACCUUGCCAGCCCCCACUGGUCUCACCAGCACUGCUUCCUCAAGGGCCCCCAGCCCCUGUGGCUGUCCAGCAGCCAGGGUGUGCCCCCAGGAAGGCCAGCUCCAAGGCCCUGCCUGCCUGUCCAGUGCCACCCAGACACCAGGGGCCUCAGGAAAAGACACCCAAGGAGAUCCCACCAGAGGCCGUGAAGGAGUACAUGGAAAUCAUGGACACGUUGCUGGGGCCAACACCCUUGUCCUUGGAGCCUCCCGAUGGCCACCCAGAAGAGGACAGAGAUGAAGGCUUCCUGGAGAAUGAGGGGUCAUGCCCGGACCCGGAAAUGCUGUCCUACAUUGACCAUCUAUGCUCCCAGGUGGAUUUUGUCACCAAGGCGGAGGCCAUCAUUCACCCCAGAUUCCUGGAAGAACUGCUUUCCCCAGAUCCACAGCUGGACCUCACGGCCCUGCCCAAGGAGCUGGAGAAGGAGGAAGGGCUGACUGCUGACCAGGUAAAGGACAGAAGGUGGUCAGCAGGGGGGACUGCUCACAGGGGGACCUCAGCACUGCAGGAGGUCCUGGACGGCUCUGUGCCCUGGGCAGCACUGGGGGUGGCCCUCACUGGUCCUAACAGGCGGCCCCAUGCUGUCCCAGAGGCCGGGAAAAGGGCGGGCCAGCACGAGUCUGCUCAUCAGUGUACCACAGGCAGUGGCUGGCACAAGCCUCCUGGCAGACAAGAGAAGGGCUGGCUCCUGGGACACACGGGGGCAGCUGAGGCCCUUCGCAGCCCCUGCAGUUUCUGUGAAGGCGUCCUGGGCUGGGAGGAAAGAACCUGGGCGGCACCACGGGGGCUCUCAGGACCUGACUCCUACCCUAGACAGGCUCUGCAGUGUCCAGACCAGCACGGCCCUGUGAAGGACUUCAAACCCCACUAA